AGACAGACAGACAGAGAGAAGCCUGAGAGAGCUAGUCAGUCAGGCUUCUCUCUCUCAGGUGCAGAUAAUUGUUCUUUUUUUUGUGUGUCUAUGGUAGGGUUAUAUGCUUUCACCACGUGUUGGCUUUGAUCCGUCACGUACAGAGGCUUCUCUCCACUUCUCUCUGACGAGACAUACGAAUAGCGACUUGUCAGGAAAUUACUAAUAUAUAGAAAGAGAAAAAAUGAAUAGCAAUGAGCAUAGAAGGCGCCUAUUUGCCCCGUGAUUCAUUGUCUCUCUUUCUAUCACCCAUGUGUGUGUAGUACGUAUGAUAUCUGCGCACACAGAAGGCCACGUACUGUCAUCGUCGUCAUCGAUAUUUAUUCCUCGCUCCAACCGGCUAACGGAAUGUCGAGCGUCAUUUAGGUCGGCGCGACCAAGUCUUUCUGACGUGUUCGACGGCUAGGAUACGAGGACCAUCGAUCAGGAUGAGCGCGAAACAUUUGAGUACCGGAUCGGUAGCACCGCCCCUCGUACCCGACAAAAUACGCCUGUACAGCAUGCGCUUCUGUCCAUAUGCGCAAAGGAUACACCUCGUGUUGGACGCCAAACAAAUCCCAUACGAUGUAGUAUAUGUUAACCUAACACAUAAACCGGACUGGUUGAUAGAAAAGAGCCCCCUUAAUAAAGUUCCUUGUAUCGAACUUGAAGGAGGCGAAACGUUGUAUGAAAGCCUAAUUAUCGCUGAUUAUUUGGACGACGCGUAUCCUCAAAACAAGCUGUAUCCAAGUGAUCCUUUAGCAAAGGCUAAGGAUAAGUUAUUGAUCGAUAGAUUUAAUACAGUGAUAUCAACUUUCUACUAUAAGGGACUUUAUUCGGAAACAACAUUGGAGCAUGAUGUAUUCAACGAGACAUUGACUGGUCUGGAACUCUUCGAUCGAGAGUUAGCGAAGAGAAGAACUCCCUUUUUUGGUGGCAGCAAACCUGGCAUGCUGGAUUUAAUGAUAUGGCCGUGGUGCGAGAGAGCAGAUGUAAUAAGGAUCACAAGGGGAGAGCAAUUCGUCAUACCUCGGGACCGUUUCUUGCGAUUGCUUGAAUGGAGAGUUGCCAUGAAAGAAGAUCCUGCGGUGAGCGGCAGCUUCCUGGAUGCCGAAGUACACGCCAGAUACAUACGCAGUCGUCUAGCUGGGACACCUCAGUAUGAUUUAAUAGCUAACAGCUAAAGAUAGUCCAGUCUAUGGUUUUUUCCGUCUUAAGUUCAAGCCAUACGCCACUUCGUACCCUUUCGUAUUCAUGGAUGCGCCACUUCGUUGCCCUUUCAACAUAGCAAAAUUACGCAUUCUAUAUACUUAAAUACAUAUAUAUAUUUUAAAAAAUAAAAUUGAUGUUUAUGUAAUAUCUAAAACAGAUACUAACUAGUUUAUAAAACAGAGAUAUUUAUCUU